AUGGCAAAGUUAUACAUCGCAACGGUUGUGGUUUGCUCUGCUUUUGCAAUUGGUACUCUGAUUAACCCAUGCCAAAGAGGGUAUAGAUCAUUUCGAGAUACCUUACAAAAACAUCGGCGGGAAGGAAGGGUGCUGUCAAAUUCAACCGUGUCACUUCCAAGGCAGUUUGUUUUCACCAAGAUGCAAUGUCUUGAAAUAUGCUUGAGGAAUCCUCUUUGCGACGGCUUUGAGAUGAGACAAAAGGUUCACAACGGAAAGAACAUGUGGGCAUGUAAGAUAUACCGGAUUUCAAAUUCUAGUGAAAAGAAGCAGGAAACAAACGCUGGACUCAAAAACUGGAUUCAUUACAACAUCAGCUCCCUUGAACUUCAAAAGGUUAGCUUUAAAUUUGGUUUACGGUACCCUGAGUUAUGCUUCUCCUUACGGAUUAUGUGUUUUAAUUCGCUUUGUCCAAUUUUACUCCUUUUUUCGUCGUUGCUUUUUGCUAUUUUUUUUUUGGUUCUUUAUUCUUUAUUUUUCUCUUCGUCUCCCGAGCGCAAAAAAAAACAUAGCUAACCACCGCUAUUACUGAAAUGUUGGCUAGAAAGUACGGCCGGUAUACUCUUUCCUAUUUUAAUUUUUUUUUCUUUUCUACCUUUACAAGAAAAAAUUGUUUCCUUGGUAAAAAUUAAUACCGAAGAUAUUACAUGGCCGUGCGGAGGUUAGAAAUUUCUCUUGGAGCGUUAAAAAAAUAUUUAACGGGUGAGCGAUGCGAACGAGUGAAAUAUUUUGAACACGAAUCUUCUAUUUAUCAUGUAAACAUCAAUGGAAAACUAAAUCAUUCACUUUGAUAUGUGUAUAUAUAUAUAUGUAUAUUUUAAGUAUAAUAAAACAACAGUGAUCUCUUCACAUGUGAGAUAACAUGUUAUCUCCCUUAAAGUGUGAAGAUAUCAUGUUUUGAGCGAAAGCUAAUUCGGUAUUUCAUCGUUAUCCAUAUAAUGAAAAUGAAUAUCCUGGCUUAUUCGUAGUCUAUUAUCCAAAAUUGCGCUCCAUCCAAUCACCAAUGAGCAGCACUCGAGUUGAACACCUUCAGGCACAAAUAGGACGGUAAACAAAGAAAAUAUAGAAAGAUAUUUCAUAAGACUGGAGAUCCUAAAAAAAAAAGGUGACAUUAGCCUAGAUUAGUUAAAUUUGAUGUAAAGCACAGAGAUAAUUGUAUUUUACUUUUCGCCGGCAUCAGGAGACAUCAAAUGGAAACUGAAGCAAAACAAGAAACAAAAAUAUAUAGGAUAAAAAUUUAAGGGUAUUUGGGAAGGAGUUAUAAUGAAUACAGCCUAUUUCUUUUACCCAAUCAAUUCCCUUUUGAUUUUUCUUUUCAUAUACAUGUACAUUAAUUAAUCUUAUCGUGACAAAGUUAAAAGUUGGAAUUUGACGUAAAGUAUUACAUGCAUAUUCAUGUGUAUUUAUGACUGUAACAUACCGCAAUUGAUGAAAAAAUAUGCAAUUACAAUUUAUUUACUUCUUAGCCAUCUUCGCUGACAAUUCCACGCAAAUAGGUCUCUGAAAUCUGAAAAUAAUAGAAAUCUGAUGCCCCUUUGCAAUGUAGUUGAUGCACAACUAUUAUAUAACGUCUCGAGGAUGUCGCUGACUUUGCACCUCUAAAAUAAAAACGUAGAAUUUCAUAUGUGCAAUUAAAAAGAAAAUAAUAUUCCUACUAUGAAACUAAAGUUUUUUCCUAAAGCUCAGCGCUGAGACGGCUUCCCCAUGAAAAGUAAAAAAAAAAAACCAAAACACUUGCAGGGCCGCUGAAAUUAUUAAAGACCGUAACUGCUGUUUAUGUCAGAUGAAUAUAAAAUAACUAUUUUUUUGUGUGGUAACAUUGCAAAGAGCGCCUUUCGAAAGAUACACGCCACUUGCUGCACGAGCUUUUCAACAUCAACUCUAUGAGAAUAUCAUUCUCUUGAUGCUAUAUUGAACAAAACACACAAGACAUUUGAAAAAGUUUUUUUUUUCCCUGUAGCUGUAACUGUUUAAACAGCUGUUAGUAACAUUUGCUUUGUAGAACAAUAAAAUUGUUAUGAGCAGUAAUUCAUAAGCUUAUGCAUAAGAGAAUAAAACAUGGGUAGCCAUAAUUUGAGUUAAUUUUUUUUUCAUAGAAAUGUAUUCUAGGUUUUAUCCUCAAGUUCCAUGAGUUUCCAGACCAAAGUUUAUUUUAAAUUGUCAAAUAUCCUUAUUUAUACCUCUUGUAAAAGAUAUUUUUUACCACCGUUGCUAUUACUAUCGUUUGUUUAUAUUUCAUUACAAUUUCAUAAUCUCCGUCCUUUCUAGCGGAAUGAUAGAUUUUUUCAUAAUUUUUUCAUUAAUUUUGGAAAUCAGCCAUUUCCAUAAUUGAAGUAAAUCAGAAGUUUAGAAAUUUAAAAGUUUUGUACAGUUUAGAAGUUUAGAAAAUUUAGAAAUUUAGAAAAUUUGAAAUUUUGAAAUAAGUAGAAAUAUAAAAAUUUAGAAAUACUUGAAAAUUUACAAAUUUAGCAAUUUAUUAAUUUAAAAAUUAAAAAAAAUCUGAAAUAAUCUAGACCAAUGGAAAAAAAAUUGGGAACAUUAUAUGGGAUGUAGGAAAUCUGCUUUAUCAUGAAUGUUCGUGUUUGAAGUGAUGCGUUAUCUAUUAGUUUUGAAAAGUUCAUUCUAUAGAUUAAAUAACAGUUCUUCAACAUACUUUAUUCAAUGUGGAAUUGUCGAGUUGUGUCAUAAACAACCCAUAAAAGGACACGCGUCAAAUUUAACGUCACUUUUGUUAAUUAUCUUCAGCCAGAGCUAUAAAAACUUCAUUUCCGUUGUCAUUUAACUAACUUAGGCAUUAAAGCGCAAAACAUGUUGUUGAAAGAUUAUUUUGCUGCGGCAUUGCUAGUAGGCCUAACAUUUGAUGUUCACUCACCAAGUCAUACCUGCCAAAAUGCUUUUCAAAGCAUCUUGCACAGCCAUCAGCGAAGCGGGAAAUUUCCUCGGACCAACGCAAUCAAGCUAUUGGGAGCGCAUGUUAUUUCAAAAAUUCAGUGCCUAGAUCUUUGUCUUCGAAAUACAAAGUGUGAUUUCUUCGACAUGAAAAAAACUAAUGCUAAGAAUUCUACGAUGCCUUGGAUUUGUUCAGUUAAGCAACGUGUAUCUGCCCAGGAUACAGAGCUCGUCUCAUCAAAAGUGUGGCUUCAUUUCAACAUAAGCUCUCAUAAUCUUCAAGAGGUUAGUUCUUUGAAUUGUAAAAUACUGUUUUGUUCAACUUCUGCAUGA